AUGCUUUCGCAGUUUCAGAACGUACUGGGUGUCAAGUUUGAGUCGCACGACAACCCGGUACAGACACUUUACCAGAAUCUGAAGAACAUCGGUCACUCUAACAAGAACGCUCUUGCGGUCGGUCUCAUCUCGAUCGCUUACCUCAUUACGAUCAAAUUGAUCAAGAAGCGCUUCUUUCCUUCGCCUGUGCUUUCGAAGACCCAGGAAAAAAAAACCACGGCGGCUCAGCAACCAGUAGGCACCAAUUUUACGGACAGCCAUGGCUUCUCUAUCACUGACGAGCAGUAUGUUAGUCUGCCUUCGACUCGCGCUCAGACCGAUGAAAAUCGGCCUAAGGCGCUCAACCGCAAGUCUAUCGACGACUCAGUCAAGUCCAAAGUGGUGUUGAUCGCUAUAUUUCUUUGCUCGUAUAUUCCUCUCGAACCGUGGUACGGCUUCGACGAUGGGCUUAUUGGCGGAGGACGCUUCGGUACUAUUCUCCUCAACUCGUUUACGGUUGUGCUGGUUGUGUCCCUCUCAAGUAUCGCUAUGUCCAAGCGCCUCGCCAUUCAACGUGGAGAAGAUAUCGACACCGCACAGGAACUCACAGGUAUCGGUAUUGCCAGUGUGGUCUGCGGAUUCUUCCAAGCUAUGCCUCCUGCGGGCAGAAUGUCACGCACUGCAGUGAACAUGCAGCACGGGCAUACACAGCUCGCCUCUAUCAUUACUACACUUAUCGUGGUUCUCUCGCUUUACACUCUAAUUGGUACGCUGUACUACCUGCCACGAGCGACGCUAGCCUCUAUCAUCAUCGUCGCUGGAUAUACCCUCGUCGAGUUCAAUGAAGCCAAGCGGCUAUACCGUGUAGGCGUACUCGAAGGUUUGAUCGCUUCCAUUAUCUGCUCUGUGCUCGCUCUAAUGAUCAAGACGAAGCGCACUCCCGUUGUAGUUCUGGGCGAGCUGGACAACGGUACCCUCGUCGACCGGGACUUAUUCCCAAACGCUCAAGAUUUGAACGACAUUAUCGUGAUUCGCGUCGAGAGUUCACUGUAUUUUGCUAACUGCGAGCGUGUGGCGCUAGCGAUUGAGAAAAAAAUGCUUACGAAGGGUAUCACCACGCAAGGCGUCGUAUUCGACGCGUAUCACAUGCACGACUUGGAUGCAACUACGAUUCAAGUGUUGUCAGAUAUACAGGAGAAGCUUGCGGGGCGCAAGGUGCGUUUUGCGAUUGCAAACGCUAAUGGAAGAAUUCAUGAUAUUUUGGUGACCACCAAUCGGUGGAAGAUGCAGUCCGUCUGCUUCACCAACUGA